CCGACGACGACACCUCGACGCCGACAGCGACAACGUCUUGCCCCGGGACGCCUGCUGCACCCAUCAAUUGACCCGACACGGUGACGGGCUGCAAGACCCAUCGCGAGCCAGGCCCGACACACCGCCCGCCCGACCGAGAAACCGAAGCGCCUACCUACGAGCGUCGACCGCUGCCCAUCAUGGCCCAGGACAUGCCCCCCAAGGGCGGGUACGAGCCCGUCCAGUACAAGCGAAACCUCCCCGCCAAGGGCUUCCGGCCCGGGAUCCUCCUCCUCGGCAUGGGCGCCGUCAUGGGCUACGGCUGGUACAAGCUCGUCCAUGGCAUCCGCGAGGCCAACGAGCUCGCGCGCGAAAAGAUGUGGGCGCGCAUCCACCUCAUCCCCCUCCUGCAGGCCGAGGAGGACCGCGACCAGGUGCGCCGGUACUGGGCCGACCAGAAGCGCGAGAAGGAGCUUAUGGGCGACAACGCCAAGGUGUACCACAACGACCGGUUUGUCCGGCCGACAUAUGCCGUUUCCCCCUUGCCGACAAAGGACUAGGCGGAUGGGAUAGGAUAGGAUGGGAUGGGAAGGAGGGAGGAGGGCGACAAGAGAGCAGGGCCCGUGAAUCUGUGUAUAUAUGUAUCAAACGUCGGAAUGCAUCGACUUGUUGUUUCGUACGGCGAAAAAAAGGAAAACUCAU